AUGGUCAAUUUCAACACAAAGGACCUCAAGGUCAAAAUCUACAGUGGCGCCCGCGACAAAGGCAUUCUUCCCAAGGAAAGUGUUGACGCUUUGUGUGGAGCAUUGGAGUGGGCGUUUACUCGUGAAGGAAGCCAUCGUCUUGUGUUCUCGUAUGGAGAGCAUGCCUUGGACAGUGAUGGAGAGUCGAGUGUCCAGGCAAUCAUUCGCAAGUACGGAGGCAAGGCUCAUUCCGUUGAUUCUUGGAAUCACAUCUUGAAACGCGAUGGAUCCGUCAUCACCACUUUGGAGGUUACCAGUGGCUCUAUCGUCUCUGAUUGCAUCCAUCCAACGUACCGUCCUGAGAAGGCUGCCAUUGAUGAUGAGGAGUGGUUCAAGACAACAAGCAUCAAGAGGAGCAACAAGCAGCGAAACAGGAAGAAGAAACCCACAAUCGAUGCCAUUCCCGAGCUCGAAAAGCUCGAAAAGCUCAGCCUUGGUCGCGGCGAUGAAGAGAACGAGAGCCCUCGCUCUGCCUGUGAGGAUGCGGCUGGUGUUGGUUUGACUCAAGAGUUAUUCUAUUGA